AUGGCACCCGCGGUCCUUGUCGACCCGUCCAAGAAGGCCGAGAAGCGGCUCCCCGUCACCCUACUCAGCGGCUUUCUCGGCUCCGGCAAGACCACUCUCCUCGAGAACAUCUUAACGUCGCCCGACCACGGCCUCCGCAUCGGUGUCAUCGUGAACGACGUGGGCGCCCUUAAUAUCGACGCGGCGCUCCUGUCUCUACACAAUGUCACCCGAAAGGAGGAACAGGUCGUGGCGAUGCAGAACGGCUGCAUCUGCUGCACGCUGCGGGGUGACAUGCUCGAGGAGGUUUCCCGGCUGGCCGAGGGGGGGCAGGUCCAGUACCUCGUCAUCGAGAGCUCGGGAGUCAGUGAGCCAAUGCAGGUCGCCGAGACCUUUUCGGAAGAAUUUGCAGACAUGCACGUCGCUGCGGGCUUUGAACUCGAGGCGGACGGCGAAGGCGACAAGGAGGUGAACAAGAAGCUCGCAGAGAUACUGAAAGCCGGCGGCUUGUCUAAGGUGGCGCGUCUAGACACCUGCGUUACGCUGGUGGACGCCGUCAACUUCAUGCAGGACUUCGCCACGGCCGAUUUCCUCGUCGACCGGCAAACAGAUGUCCCUAAAGAAGAUGACCGCAAUACCUCCGACCUUCAGGUCGAUCAAGUCGAGUUUGCGGACGUCGUCAUCGUUAACAAGUGCGACUUAGUCUCAGUGGAUGAGGUUCAUCGGAUAAAGGGAGUCAUCAAGAAGCUCAAUCCAGACGCUAGGUUGAUUACGUCUACCAAGUGCCGGUUAGACCUAGCCGACAUCCUGGAUACCAGACUAUUCUCCUAUGAAAAAUCUGCCCUCAGUGCUGGGUGGCUAAAGAGUCUGAACGAGGAGAUCGUUCCGGAGACGAAGGAGUAUGGCAUAGGCACAUUCAUCUACCGAGCUCGUCGUCCCUUCCGCCCUACAAGACUGUGGGAUACCAUCAAGUCCGUGUUUGUCGGUGAUGGUAAUACUGGCGAUGGCGAUGGCGAUGAUGGCGGCAAAGGGGGCGGCGAGGAGGACGCCGGUAUGGAAGAUGAGCAGCCCCAGCUGGACUUCAAAGCACGGCUAGCCUCUAAGAUGGCAGACAAGACAUUUGGACCGCUCUUACGAUCAAAGGGCUUCAUGUGGCUAACCACCCGGCCGAGGAUGUACGGCAAAUGGUCUCAGGCGGGCGUUAUGCUAACGAUUUCGGGCCAAGACUUCUGGCGCUGCGAGAUCCCGGGAAGCGAAUGGCCCGCGGACCCCAAGGCAAGAAACGCCAUCAGCCGCGACUUCGAGGGCAAAUGGGGCGACCGCCGCCAGGAAAUCGUCUUUAUCGGUCAGCAGAUGCGAGAUGGGGGCGAGGAGCGACUUCGAAAAGCUUUCGAUGCCUGUCUGCUGAACGACAAGGAGUUCAGCGACUGGGAGGCGGCGAUGGAGUCUAAGGAUGCCCUCGAGAAGCUAGACGAGCUUUUCGAAGAUGGAUUCGAAGAUUGGCUCGAGAUGAGCCACGAAGGCCACGGUCAUACCGACAGCCAGGCCCACGGGGCUCACCAGCAUUGA